AUGAGCGGUCUGUUAGGCUACGUGUUCGGGAGUCCCGACGCCGCCAAGAAGAAGAACGACGAGGCCGCGGAGAGCUUCCGGAAGGAGAUCGGCGCCGCGGGCCGGGACUCCGAAGGGACCUUCGUACAUUUUCUCACCGACGGAUGUCUGAAGCUGAAGUGGCGCAUGCGGCGUCUCGUCGACUCGGACUCCAACGAGGUGGCAGGACUGAUACUGGCGGUGAAGCCGCUCAGGUUCUACCCACCGAAGACGCCCGCACAGACGAACCUCAUCAGGCUGUCGUACAUCCGAUUCGCGUCCGUCGCCAGGGCUCUGUGCGAGGCGCAGGACUGGCAGCUCGAGUUCGAACUGGUCGACACCAUACUGCACGAGAUUCUGAGGCCGACCACCGAGUUCGACGGAAAGGAAGGGAGUGGCGCGUGGAAGUUCCGUAAGGGUCGCUUGCCGUUCGAGCGCACCGACACAGACCUCCAGACCAACAUGGCGAAGGCCCAGGUGAACUACGACAAGCAGAGGAUCGGUGAGCUCGGGUGCGAAGAGGGGUCGAAGGAGGGUUCCAAGCCCGACUCCUCGAAGGACGGUAAGAACUCGGAGGGAAAAUCCGUGACGGUGGCGAGGAAGCCGUUCUAUAUGUGCAGGCGGAGGAGGCCCUACUGGUCAUCCGACGACCCGGGGAGGAUAGUGGUCCUGGGUCGGGCCGGCACGAGCGCCGCCGCCGAUGACCUGAGGCGACGCUUCCCCGACAAGGAAGUGCACGUGAGGAAGUGGGGCGCGUCCGCCAACUCCUUCCUGAGGGAGAACCCGCUGACGUCCAGGAACCGGGUCGAGGUGUACGGAGCGGGCCGAGCCUCCCGUGCUUCUCUCGAGCGCCUCGAGCGAGGGUCCAGGCGAGGAGCCGAUCUCAGCGUCCACUAUUAA